UCCAGGUCCUACGGUCCUUUCCUCACGCCCACACUAUAAACGCAAUUCCACUGUUUUUCAAUCCAAUUUCUCGCGCCUUCUCUCCUUCCCACCGAAUUAGCUUCGACCAGGAGAAAGGGAAGAAGAAAUGGCGUCGGAGAAUCAGGAUAAGGAGAGAGACCGCCGCCCGUCGGCGGCGGAGUACUUCCUCGAUGAAGAUGAUGAGGGAGAUUUGAGCAGAACGGAAGCCGGCAACGACAGAAGCGGCGUCGGAACCGACACCAACUCCAGCUCCAGUAGCAGCAGCAGCAGCUCCGACGAGGAGAAGGAUGCGGACGACGACGGCGAAGGUGGCGAGACUUUCACGUCUCGGCAGUGGCCGCAGAGUUAUCAAGAAACGAUGAAUUCAUACUCGAUUGCAAUGUCGCCGAGCCUUGGAUUUAUGGCUCCUGUGCAACAGCUGGCGCCUUACUUAGGUCUUGAAAGCUUCAUAAGUAACGCGGACCAGGAAUCAAAGGCUCCCUUGAUUCCCGAGCGAGAGGGGAGCUACAGGAGGGUAGAAUCGGAUAGGUUCUCGCUAGCGCAAUCGUCUUUCUCGAAGGCUUCGUUCGCGAAUACGGAGUUGCCGAUUCCUCAUGGGUGUAGCGUCACUCAGACUGUCUUCAACUCGGUGAAUGUAAUGGUGGGAAUCGGGCUACUCUCGACACCUUACACUAUAAGGGAGGGAGGGUGGUUCAGUUUGUUUAUAGUGGCCUUUUUCGGGUGCGUCUGUUGUUACACUGCUUAUCUGAUGAAGCAAUGCUUUGAGAGCCGAGAUGGCAUAACAUCAUAUCCGGACAUGGGAGAAGCUGCAUUCGGGAAGUAUGGGCGCCUAGCAAUAUCUAUCGUUUUGUACACCGAGUUGUAUUCUUAUUGUGUGGAAUUUAUUACCUUGGAAGGGGAUAACCUGACCAGGCUAUUUCCUGGGGCAUCCUUUGAUUUGGCUGGGAUACAUCUCGAUUCCUCGCAUCUCUUUGGGAUACUGACUGCUUUCAUUGUACUACCAACUGUUUGGUUAAGGGACCUCCGUAUCAUCUCCUUUCUUUCAGCUGGUGGAGUUUUAGCUACAAUUUUGAUUGUUCUUUCCCUGCUUUUCCUGGGUACCACGGAAGGAGUUGGGUUCCAUCAGAGUGGUCCGCUCGUGAAAUGGAAUGGAGUUCCAUUUGUUAUUGGUGUGUAUGGAUUCUGUUAUUCAGGACACUCAGUUUUCCCCAACAUAUACCAGUCAAUGGCCAAUAAAGCAGAAUUUACAAAGGCUGCAAUAGCAUGCUUUUUCUUGUGCUUUCUCUUGUAUGGAGGAGUUGCAAUAAUGGGAUUUCUCAUGUUUGGCGGAGCUACGCUGUCUCAAGUGACAUUGAACAUGCCUCAGGACACCAUUACAUCAAAAGUUGCAAUCUGGACUGUUGUAUGUGAUCAUCCAUCCUUGAGUUUUCUGGAAUUAUGUAGUAAACAAAUAUAUGCUGUGUGACAUUGCAUUUUCUGUCUCCUUUUUCAGGUGAUAAACCCGCUGACCAAAUAUGCAUUGUUGAUGAACCCGUUGGCUCGAAGCAUAGAGGAGCUUUUGCCAGUUAACAUCGCCACUAGCUAUUGGUGCUUUCUUCUUCUAAGAACAGUACUUGUUUUCUCUACUGUUGUUGCUGCAUUUCUUCUCCCAUUUUUUGGUCUUGUGAUGGCUUUGAUGGGUUCAGUCCUCUGUUUACUUAUGGCUGUCAUAAUGCCAUCUCUAUGCUUCUUGAGAAUCAUGGGGAGGAAAGCUACGAGAACACAGAUUGUUCUUAGCUCCACGAUUGCUGUGGUGGGCGUUGUUUGCGCGAUCGUCGGUACCUACUCUUCGGUGGAGAAGAUUGUGAAGAACCUCUGAAAUCGUAUCUGUAUGCCUCUUGUAAUAGCUUUCUUUAGUAUAACCUGCUACUUGUACUGUCUGGGACUUUUUGGUACAAGUUUAGUAGGGGUCAUCAUCUUGUUCAUACGAAACAGAGUUUUGCUGUAGAAAGUAAUAAAAGUUAUUCAUGGCCUUAGUUUGAUCUUGAAGCUUUUUUUUUUUUUUUUUUUGGCUCCAACGCGAAACCUUUGUCACUUUGAUGGUUGGCACAAAUUGCUCCAUGUUCGUCGUCAGUCGUCACCUUAUCUAAUAAGGAGAUAGCACAUAUCCACUUGGACUUACAAGUAUGAUAAUAUUUUCGUCGUGUCUCUGUGACACAAUUAAACCAUAAGCAGAAGAGCC